UCAACCAAAAUCUGUCAGUCAGUCCUUCAGUCCUUCUUGAGUCCACCCACAACGUUUGCUAUUAUUCCGUAUUUAAGGGAAAAAAUCAUCGGAAAGCAAGUGUCGGAAGUCUUCGUAUUCGGAGCGUCUGUAAAUCUUCCUGUUUCUGCUUCUUUUCUUGUUCUUCUUUGUGGGUUCUUCCGUAGUUGUGUUUUUAUGGCCCUUUUUUUGUUUUGUUGUUUAUAUUCUCUGAGCGCCAGCUUUGUGUGAGAAUUGUUAGCGUUAAAGCUGUUCAAGAAAAACUAGUGAAGCAAUGGGAUCCGCAGAGAAAGCAAAGCCAAACCCAUUGAAGAGAAGCUUUGAGUCCUUGAUUUCUUCGCAGAGUGAACCCAUGGAUUCAGAAGUUUCAUUCAUACCCAGAGACUACCAAUUGAAGGUUUAUGAGGUGGCAAUGAGGAGGAACACUAUCGCAGUGCUGGAGACUGGGGCUGGAAAAACUAUGAUAGCAGUCAUGAUGAUUAAAGAAAUCGGGAAAUCUUUGAAAAAUGACAAUGGUGGUAAAAAAUUGAUCGUUUUCUUGGCUCCCACUGUUCAUCUUGUUCACCAGCAAUAUAAGGAGAUAAAAUCUCGCACAGAGCUUGAUGUGGAGGAAUACUAUGGAGCUAGAGGGGUUGAUGAAUGGAGUGCCAAGAACUGGGAGAAGGAAAUCAAUGAGCAUGAUGUUUUGGUCAUGACUCCUCAAAUUUUAUUGGAUGCUUUGCGGAAGGCAUACUUAAGUUUCACAGUAUGUUGCUUUCUGAUCCUGGAUGAAUGCCAUCGAGCUACUGGAAACCAUCCCUAUGCAAGAAUAAUGAAGGAAUUUUAUCAUAUAUCUACAGAAAGACCCAAGAUAUUUGGGAUGACUGCCUCCCCAGUGAUCAGGAAAGGGGUGUCAUGUGCUAUAGACUCUGAGGAGCAAAUACGGGAGCUUGAAACUCUGUUGGAUUCCCAGGUUUAUACAGUAGAGGACAGCAUUGGUCUUGGGGAAUGUAUCCCAUCAGCAACAAUUACAUGCAGAUUUUAUGAUCCAAUUCAACCUCCCAAUUUGGAAAUGAAAGUGAAAUUAGAAUCUUCAUUUUCUAAGUUUGAUGCCAUUUUGCUUGACUUCCAAAAGUUGCUGCCAAGCCAGUACAAAGAUACGGAUGAUAUAUACAAGUUGCUGCGGGAUAGACUGGCCAAUGAUCAUUCAAAAAUUUUAUUUUGCCUUGAAAAUCUCGGGCUUCUGUGUGCUUAUGAGGCUGUUAAAGUCUGCCUAGAAAAUACUCCUAAGAUUCAAGAAGAAUGCCAGGUUUAUAAGGAAAGUGUUGGGCAAUACGAGAAUUUUCUUCGGGAGGUUAUGUCAAUAAUGGAAGGACCUGAUGAGCAGAAGAAGCUUCUGGAUGGUGUGCGUGGUGGAUCAGAUGCGUUAGCUACUGGCCAAAUAUCUUCAAAGCUACAUGAACUCCUUGAAAUUUUUAGAUCAUUUGGGAAAGAGACAGAGGUCCUUUGUAUCAUAUUUGUUGAACGAAUAAUUGCUGCUAAAGUAAUUGAAAGAUUGAUGAAGAAGACUACUGACUUGUCACAUUUUAACGUAUCAUAUUUGACUGGAAGUAACUCUUCUGCUGGUGGACUUACACCAAAAGUACAGACUGAAAUUUUGAAAUCAUUUCGUCAUGGAAAGGUCAAUCUUUUGUUUUCUACUGAUGUGGUUGAGGAGGGAAUUCAUGUGGCCAAAUGUUCCUCUGUAAUUCGCUUUGAUCUACCACAAACUGUUCGUAGUUAUGUACAAUCGAGGGGACGAGCUCGUCAGAAAGAUUCUCAAUACAUCAUCAUGCUUGAAAGAGGAAACACAAAGCAAAUAGAUCACAUGUCAUACAUUACUAGGAGCGAGAAUUAUAUGAAAAAUACAACCAUGAAGAGAGACCCUGAUGACCUUGUGGUAAAAGCUCCAGUUACCAAUGAAGAACUUGCAUAUGUCUCAGAGUCGACUGGGGCAUCAGUAACUGCCAGUUCCAGCCUAAGCCUUAUACAAAGAUAUUGCCAAAAACUCCCUGGAGACAAGUACUUUAUUCCGAAGCCAAAAUUUGAGCAGUUGGUGGAAGGGAGCUUGUAUAGGUGUAAACUGAUUCUACCUCUUAAUGCAGCUUUUCAGACUAUCAUUGGUCCUGAAGCUCGCAACUUUCAUGUAGCUAAGCAGCUUGUUUGCUUGGAUGCAUGUAAGAAGUUGCAUGUAAUGGGGGCUCUUAACGAUCAUCUACUUCCCUCCAAUGAAGACUCUUCACAGAAUGAUUCCACCUCAAACAUCAAAGUAUUAGCUUCUGGAGCAGGAACAACAAAGAGAAAGGAAUUACAUGGUUCCAUUAGCAUCCGCAUGCUGUCCGGAACUUGGGGAGAUGAUGGUGCCAUUUUUCAUGCAUACAGAAUCGACUUUUCUUGCAACAUUGCUGAACAAAAGUAUUCCAGUUUUGUACUUUUAUUGGCAUCAAAGUUAGACGAUGAUGUGGGGAAUAUUGAAGUGGAGCUGUACUUGUUAUCAAAGUUUGUCAGAGCUUUUGUUUCAUCAUGUGGGGAAAUACAUCUGGAUUCUCAGCAGGUGGCAAAAGCAAAAUGCUUUCAAGAACUGAUAUUUAAUGGUUUGUUUGGGAAAUUGUUUUUCAAAUCAUCAGGAGUAAGAAAAUUUUUAUUUCAAACAGAGGAAUCAUUAUGGGAUCCGUCAAAUAUGUAUUUACUCUUACCCUUGUCAGAGGAAACAGCUACUGAGAGACCAUUGAAGAUUAAUUGGAUGGGAAUUGAGUCUUGUGUUUCAGCAGUGAAGUUUCUGAAAAGGAAUGCUUGGUUAAAUUUUCAGCACCCUGAAGCAAUAAAAGAUAAGUCAUUCCCUCCUGCAAGUGGUUCAGUUAUGACUAAAUUCAAUAGCGAUAUCAUUCACUUGGCCAAUAUAUCUGCAUAUGCGGAUGGCCUCAAGGAAAUGGUGGUUGUAGCCAUUCAUACUGGCAGAAUUUAUUCGAUUCUGUAUGCUGUUGCUGGUACAUCUGCAGAAAGCCCAUUUGAAGGGGAUACUGAUGCGAGUUAUUCAUCCUUCGCAGAUUAUUACAAUAAAAAGUAUGGCAUUGUUCUAAAGUAUCCAGAGCAGCCUUUGUUGCUUCUGAAGCAAAGUCAUAAUUCGCACAAUCUUCUUGUGGACUUUAGAAACGAAGGUGCUUCAUUAAAGAAUAAAUCAAAAGAUCUUCGAGAAAAGGUUGUGGGAAAGCCACAACAACAUGCCCACAUGCCACCGGAGCUUCUAGUUAGCACUGAUAUCAGAACAGAUGUCUUGAAGCCGUUCUACCUGCUACCUUCCCUAAUGCACCGGAUGGAGUCUCUUAUGUUGUCCAGUCAGCUUAGGGAAGAAAUUUCUAGUCGUGCUGGCCAUUUCGAAAUAUCAAGCUCUUUAAUUUUGGAAGCUCUCACUACUCUAAGAUGUAAUGAAACUUUCUCCAUGGAGCGAUUGGAAUUGCUUGGAGAUUCAGUUUUAAAGUAUGCUGUAAGCUGCCACCUCUUUCUUAAGUAUCCCAAGAAGCAUGAAGGACAAUUGUCUUCUCAUCGUUCCAGGAUUGUUUCCAACUCAGCUCUCCAUAAAUUGGGAACCAAUUGCAAGUUGCAGGAAUACAUAAGAGAUUGUGCAUUUGAUCCACGGCGAUGGACUGCUCCAGGACAGCGUUCCAUAUGGCCUUCUCCGUGCCGCCACGGAUUGGAUAGCAUGGAAGUCCCGUUGGACAGCAAAUUUUUCAGUGAAGACGCAAAACUAUUGCUUGGAAAAACCUGUGAUAGAGGUCACCGGUGGAUGGGUUCCAAAACCAUAUCUGAUUGCGUUGAAGCUCUAAUUGGGGCGUACUAUGUCGGUGGUGGAUUGACUGCUGCCCUUAGUUUGAUGAAGUGGCUUGGUGUGGAGGCUGAAGUUGAGCUUUCGUUGAUAGAUGAUGCUAUUAGAGUGGCUUCUCUAUAUUCUUAUGCUCCAAAAGCUGAGGAUAUCUUCAUUCUAGAGUCGAAGCUUGGGUAUAUAUUCUCCACCAAAGGAUUAUUGCUUGAGGCCAUUACACAUGCAACUGAACCUGAUCAAGGUGUUCGCUACUGUUACCAGCGGCUUGAAUUUCUUGGUGAUGCUGUGCUGGAUAUACUUAUUACAUUGCAUCUUUAUGAAAAUCAUAAGAAUGUUGAUCCAGGGGAUUUGACAGACUUGCGUUCUGCAUCUGUUAACAAUGACAAUUUUGCAAUUGCUGCUGUGAAACGGAACCUUCACUCGCACCUUCAGCAUGGCUCUUUCUAUCUUGAAAGUCAAAUAUCAGAAUUUGUUAAGCAUGUAGCUGAUAUGAGCACCACGGUAUUGACACCAGAUACUAAAGGUCCCAAGGUACUUGGGGACUUGGUGGAAAGCAUAGCCGGGGCAAUACUAAUUGAUUCUAGUCUUAAUUUGGAUAAAGUUUGGAAAGUGUUUAAACCACUGUUAUCACCGAUUGUGACUCCUGAUAAGCUCGAACUUCCUCCUUCACGUGAACUGAUGGAAUUAUGCGACUCUCUCGGUUACUUCAUCAAAGAGCAUUUUGCUGCAGAUGGAGAUAUCGUGCGAGCAGAACUUAAGCUACAGCUUGAAGAUGUUCUCUUAGAAGCUCAGGGUUCUGGACCUAACAGGAAAGCUUCGAAGGGAAUGGCAGCUCUUUGUUUACUGAAGGAAUUAGAGUUGAGAGGGAUUACAUCUUCCAAACGGAGAAAAACUGAUACAGAUAAUGUUGACAACUCGCCCUCCCCAAGGUCAGAUGAUAAUAUCCGCAGCCAGCCAGAUGGUGAAGCUUCUGGAUCAGCAACUGAAAAGCCGAAGCCACCUGAAUUGCAGCCCGACAUAAAUGGAGAUCUAUUGAAGAGAGCUUGCUCUGCUAGAGCCCAUGAUUCGAAGACCGCUGACGUCCUAGUGCUGCCACCUGUUGACAUGAAGAAAGGAGGUGCGCGGAAUUCGCUCUACGCCCUCUGCAAGAAAUUACAAUGGCCAAUGCCUGCUUUUGAUACAAUGGAGCAAAAAUCUAGAACUCCCAUUCAGAUUGGUGACAGAACAGGGUUCAAUAGUUUCAAGUCACAAAUCAGCCUGACCAUCCCUGAUUUUGGUAAAAUCGAACUCAUUGGAGAGGCAAGAGCCGACAAGAAGAGCUCUUUCGAUUCGGCUGCUCUUGUGAUGCUGUACGAACUUGAGAGACGGGGAAAGAUCAUAAUAGGCGAAUGAGUAAGCCACCAGAAAAGCUGACAUAUUGAUAUGGUGUGGGAAUGCAUGGUGAGACGAGCAACGGGCCAACAGGCGUACCCUUGGGUAGGAGCAAAUGUCAUUCAGGGUUCGACACUUUUGCUUUUAUUCAUCGGCCUUCGUUUCGAUACACUCCCAUGACUAUUGAACUAAUUCUUGAUGAAAGAUCCUCCUCAACCUUGCCCCCUUUUGCAAAGAAUGGUAUAUGUAUUUAUGUAUUUCCAAAUUGGGGUGGAGGAAAUUGUAUAGCCUAAUUGAAUUUAAGUAGGUUUCAUUUAUCAAUUUGGGAGUA